GUUGUGUCAUGGAGUUUGGCAUCAUGAAGGCCUCUGUGCUUUUAGGCGGGUCCUUCCUCCUUUCUUUGUUGUUUUGGAAUUCUUCUGGACUUGAACCAGCUGUGACUUCAACAUGUUCUGAUGAUUGGUUGGUAGUCAGAAUGAAGAAAAAACCUUUUGAUAAUGACACGGAAGCUAGAAUUGGUGACAUACACCUGGGAAAUAAUUGUCCUGUCACAAGGAUGCUGUCAGUCAACUAUGAAUUUUCUUAUUCCAUCAUUUAUUGUGGGAUCAAGAAAAUUGUGUUCGAAAGGAAUGAUGCUGUCAUAUUAUCUGAGAUCAGUUAUCGACCAGCGACGGAUACCAUCUAUAAAUUUCAGGUGGCUUGCUUUGUGAAGAGGCUGGUGGUUCCAUCUCUGAUGCCUUUCGGAAUGAAUGGGUAUGAUGCCAGUACCUUGAGAGGCAGUGCUCAAGGAGCAAAAGAGCAACAGCCAUCAGCUCAUCCACCAAGCAAAAAAUGUGGGCCUCAGGUUAGCACCGUUAAGAAGGAACAACUACCCAUGAAUCACUGCAUCAACAAUGCCCAUGCCAUGACUCCCUCUCCUCCCUAACACACCAGAACAGAUGGCACAUACCUGUCUGGGCGCCAUUGUCAGUAAUGUUGUUAUUCUUCCUGUCCAAAGAUGAGUAGCAGUUACCUAUAACCUGUUUA